UGGUGCUAUCACAUACAGACAGCUAAUAGUUAUAUUUUUAAAUUAAAGGUGAUGUCCCUUGAUUCUCACUUUCCGGUCAUCUCUUCUAAUAGCUCUAUUAUAGUAAUCAAUUACAUAUAAACUCUGAUCUAACAAAGUACCAAAGUAUGCUUCCUAUCUUUUGGGACCAGUUGUUUGUGUGGGUUGCCCUGUUAAUGCCAACUGGGAAUUUUCAACUGUUCAUGAAUAGCACAUUGGAACAAAGCAGUGGUGCCUGGCUAAUCUGCAUAAUUGCAAAACAAUUGGCUGCAUAUAUGAAUUCACUUGUCAAUGGGAAUGCUCUGUCUACAGGAGUGUUUUAUUUGCGUUUGCACUUAGUCUUGGAUGCUCUUGUAUGAGUAUACCCUUCAAUCAUGGAAUUAUGGAUAUCUUACAGUUACAAAUAUAACCUACUGAAAAAGAAAAUUUAGUAGCCAAACAUAACUACAGGUCAUCAUUCACCUGAAAAAAUGUACAAUGUUCGGCCUGCGUUUAAGCAAACAUGAAAGUGGUAAAUUGAAAUGAUACUUUAUUACUAUCAUUUGCAACAGAAGGGGAAAUCUUAUGCAUUUAUCAGGUGAGGUUUUGCUGUCACAACCUUAGUAUCAAAGGCAGGGCUCCACUCUUAACAAAUCAAAGAGUUUCGGAGCAUUAGCCGUCUGAAGAUAGCUGGAAGCGGCUAAUGCUUUGAAACGCCUGUGUGACCCUGUUGCUAGGAGCUCCAUGGGGACUAAUCAAUGGCGUGUUACUGUGGGAGACUUGGAAAAACUCUCAGAGCAAACCACCGGAUCAGGGGAUCAAUGUGGCUCACAGGUCCUCUGCCGGCUCCUCAUUAUCAUUCUGCCAUCCUCGCGCUAUCAGUUCUGUUGAAAUGAAAUUAAAUGAAGAGCUGGCAGGCUAAGCAGGCCGAACACCUGGCAAGACUGGGUCUGUGAACGGCUCUGUGUCGAAGCGGAAACAAAAAAAAUGACUCUCUUUGUUUAGCCUACCAGAAGGGCAGAUUUUUUGCAAGGCACGGUGGACAUUUGGCAUCCAAAUAUUUAUCAUUUUUGCAUAUUUUUGCAGUAGGAAAUGAAUGCUUCCCUCGCGUUGCCGUGAGAUUGCCGCUCUCCUUGUCCCGGUCUUGGUUACGGCGGGAGAUUGGCUGUGGUGGGUUACUGGAUGUCGCUUUUGCAGGUCUUUUCAGUACUCCUUUCAGACCGUCUCACUGAGCAGACGGCCUGCUGGGGCGUCCAAUAGGAUGUUCCUGUUGACGGGGAGCAAGGGGCCACAGGGAGCAGGGAAUGAAAGGAGGACAGUCUACCAGAAGAUCCGGGAGUACGAUCUUCUGGAGAAGAAGAAAACGGUGACCGCGCUGAAGCCGGGCGAAGACAGGGCCAUUCUCCUGGGCCUGAUCAUGAUCCUGUCCUCAUUCAUGAUGUUCUUUCUCCUGGGCAUAACCAUGGUGCGCUCCUACUCAGACAGCGUGUGGACGGAGGAGUCCAGCUGCACUGUCCUCAAUGCCAGCAUCACAGCGGAGAUGAACUGCACCUACAGCUGCGGCUCCGACUGCUGGAGGGGCUCAAAGUACCCCUGCCUGCAGGUGUUCGUCAGCCUCAACGCCUCCGGGAAGGUCGUCCGCCUCUCCCACAACGAGGAGACGCAGGAAGCCAGUUCGGAGUGCUUCUAUGUACCCAAAUGCAGAAAGGACCACGCGGCCAUGCACACAAUAAUCGCAAACAUAUCCGAGCGUUUGAAGCCGCAGCAGCAGGUGCCCUGCUACUACGACCCGGACGAGCGGCAGGACAACGUGAUCCUGACGCGGCUGUACAGCCAGGGGGCGCUGUUCCACUCCCUCCUCUGGCCCUCCUGUAUGUUUGCGGGCGGUACCCUCAUCAUCCUCAUGGUGAAGCUCACGCAGCAUCUGUCCAUCCUCUGUGAACAGAUUGGCAAGGCCAAAAGGUGAAACGGGGGCCACUGUGGCACCCCCGGACCAUGGAGAGAAGCCAUGGGGAGACGCAUCCACGCAUCGUCACCAGAGAACCUUAAAGACUUUCGGUAACACUACUUGAAGCAUAGUCUCUGAAUCCUGUGUAAUGCUGCCAUAAAAAUGACAUAACAUCUGCCAUGACCAGCCAUGGCAGUGCAUUACAGCUCAACACAAAUGCCAUAACUGUCAUAAUGUAUGCAGACUCAAAACAAGUGCUAUAAAAUGAUAAUGUAUGCAGCAAAUUUUACAUAUGCAGCAAAUUGUGACAUAUCAUUAUAUGACUGCUUCAUAUAAUAUGACAGUGUUAUGACAUGACUGGUUAUGCCAGGUGUUAUGUCAUGCUUAUGACAAACAGUAGGUACCAUAUAGGUUUAUGGAAUAUAGUUAAUAUAGACUUAUUUAUCACCUAGAGUUUCCCAUCCCUCAUUGAAAGAGAUUUCACUGUGUAUUUAUUACUACUUUUAGAGGUGGUUUUGAAUGGGUACAUUGGUAGCGUAAUAACUUCUGUUCAGAGCAGAAGUAUAAUUUAAGAGUUUUAUACACCAUAUGAAUGUAUAUCCUGAUACUGAAAGGCUCACAGAUGUUUCUUGUGUACCAUUUCUUUACGCGUAUAUGUGUAGCACAAUGAUUUUGUUGGCUGAAAUGUUUUAAGCUACAUUGAUAAUCAUAAAGUGACCUUCCAUUAAUCUUACUAUGGCUAUAGUAAUUUGUUCCGGGAGAGAGUUUUGUUAAGAAAAAUGCCAAAAUUUUCAAAGCCAACCAUACCUUUUCUUGGUUAUGAAUAAUAUGAAAUUAUCAGUAGAUCUGGGUAAUCCAUGAUGGUCAUUCUGUGUGGUGAAAACAAGUUUUCUUAUUGCAUUGUUUAAAAUGCUAAACAACCAGGAAUGUUACUGCAUAAAUGUUUUUCUUCAAAACGAUAUGAGCUCUGCUAUGUUUGGAAACUCCUGAAAGUGCAAAGUUAAUUCUGUAAAUGACAAAGAACAAAGAACUUCAUUUCUAAGGACCGGUUUACUGCCCCAUGACUAAUGUGCUGCAUAUGUCUGUAAAGAUUUUAUUUUCUCAUUAUGGAAGCUAAUCUUUUGAAAUGUGUCUUUAGUUUUGAAUUGCAAAUUAUUUUUGUUGUAUUAACAACUUAAGCACAAUUUUAUCCUCAUUACAUAUACCCAUGACAUAGACCUAUUUUUGUUAUAUCAUCAUGCUCAUUGCCUCUAUGAAAAUGUUAUCCUUAUAUAUUUUAUAUACUGACCCUGUUGGCAAAUGCAGGUCUCAAUCUGAGUCCUUUGCAGAUGUAUGUGUGUGUGUGUGUGUGUAAAACCAGUCAAAUGGUGACCGAUAUCUGUGUUCCCAUUCAAACAAAUUUGAGUCAAAUGGCAAUAAUUGAUUUUCAUGACAUAUUAUUUUUAAACUGCUGUAAAUAAAUAUUUUCUAUACUGUCGAUAUUA